AUGGCAUUCGCGUGGAAAGCUUCUGGUCUCACCUACAACAAAUACCUCUCAGUCGCCGCACGAGUCGUCCGACGAAGCUUGAAGGAUGACAAGCGAUUGGCAGCUGAGCGAAGAGGAGAGAUGGAGUUGAAAUUCGCCAAGUGGAACAACGGAAAACAAGGCGAGGUGAAGAGCGUUGCGGACGCCAAUGCUGCCGCCGCGACAGAAGCUGCUUCCCACACAUCCUAAAUACGGUCUUUGGCAUGGUUGAGGAAGAUUGAAGGAACAUAGGCGUGGAGCGGUCUGCGAGAAAGUCAAGAGAGGCUUGUACAUGUGUAUUAUUUGAGGACGAACAUCCAAAAUCAAAAAGCCCUCCAAAGUGCUGGCAUAACUUGUGAAAAGUGCAUGUUGUGACCUUGCGCUUUUGUUGGACUACAAUUCUACAGUAGCUACACUACAAAGACUUGCUGUGACUUACCAUCAUCCAUCCUUCUAUCCUUGCAGGCAAAGGAUGCACAGCUACCAACAAGGAAAGACGAGGCUCAGCGGAUAUCAAAAUCAUAGGACAGUCACAGACCUUCAUAAAGUCCGUAGGGAGUGAAGCUUUAAUCAAC